CUUUACGCCAGCACCAAUGUCUCUUUUGCCAGAGCAGAGCCGAAUUAGAAUUCCCAAACUUCCCCGGAGUUGCAGUUUCAACGGGGAGCUUCCAACAGAUAGCCAUAGAAAAGAUAAUCGCAGACGCAACAUGUUUCGCAAGUUUUCUGCCGAUAACGAGGAUGAUGAUAUGAUCUUGGAGGAGAAACAUGCCAAACCAGCAUCAGAGAAUGAUGAACCAACUGAGCUUGUCGAUAAUGAUGCACAGUCUGACGAACCACUAGUGUUAGACAAUACAGAUAACGUGAUCGCUGAUUAUUUCGCUGCCGAAAGAGACCCACGCUCUACAAGAGAGCAGUUCAGUACAUCUUCCCUCGCUGAACCAGUGACUUUGGAGCCAAUAUUUAAAUGGAAGCAGUCGGACAAUGCUGUUAGAUGUCUUUCCUUGACAAGAACUGACAAUGCAGAACCUGUGAUUAUCAGUUGUGCUGGUUGCUAUGGAGACAAUGGGGAUAUUAUUCAAUGGAAGUAUGACAAGGAAAGGGCUCGCUGGUACAACAUUGGUAUCUGA